AUGUUACCAAAGUCAAAAUAUGAUGAAAAUUUUUCUAAUGAUAUUGAUAAGCUUGAGAGUAAUAACUCUAAUUAUUCUCGGAUGGCGCGUUCGAUUGACCCGCCGUCCGACAAUAACUAUCGUGAACAGGAGAAAAAUCUAAUUUGUUCGAGCGUUUUAAAUUCAGAUAACGAGGUUCAUAUAAUUGUUACUAAUCAAAAUAAUAAUCAAAAUAAUCCUGUCACAAACAAGUCAACUUCGAUAGCUCGUAAUGCACGAUCACAAUCCAUAAUUAUCGUCAAGCCACCUUACCCACCGACCAUUAAACCUAGAGACUUGGUUAAUGACCUAUUUAAAAUUAAGUCACGGACACCAAAAAUGCUGAAUGAGUUUUUUAUUUAUCGUAAAGCGCUUGUUCAAGAACUCAAAAAAAAAAAACUUCGAGUAAAGAUGACGUUAGUGUCGUCUCAAGCGUCUACUUAUUGGCAUCAAGAAACCCAGCAGGUUAAAGAAGCAUAUAGACAACUUGCGCGUGAAGCGGAAAGGUUGUAUCUACAGGAAAGAAGACAAUCGCAACAAUCUUCAAAUCCUUCUACAAAUCUUGAAAACCCCUUUAAUCCUUCGAUUUCCUCAGCACCUGUGACUUCUGCUCUUGCAUCCCAUUUUAAGGACAUUGGUCCCGUUUUGGAAAUCAAUUCAUCUGCUAUUAUGUUCAACAAUGCACCUGCGUCGAUCACGUCUGUCCAUUCAUGUAUUUCAGACAAUGAUAUCUCAGAUUACAUUCAAACCUUUCCUGCAAGAAAUAUAUACGGUCAAAAUCAAAAUACGUUAUGCCCUAACGCUAAUGCAUCAAAUCCUUCAUUUAAUCCAGUCAAUUUCGAUUUUCCUAUUUGGAGAAAUUACGAUCAAUCUUUGAUUGUAACACAAUCCGGUCAAUAUAAAUACACAUCUCCCAAUUUAUCCACCGAGAGUGAUGUUUUUACACCAAUUGUACCUUCUCAAAGGUACCAUCCGGAUCCAGAAACAGAAAACGAAUACACCACACAAGAAUCUCAAAAAUAA